CCGCAGUUCACACACAUACCGAAAACAUGUCUAAAGAAAUGGCGGCGCCGAAGAGGACUGUAGGUCAGAGAAUUGUGGAGGAAAUAUACACGUGUUGUGCUUUCUGGAUAGCUGCAUCCGCUUUACCGGCCUUGGCGGUGUCUUAUCUCGUUGUACGUGUGAGCAGACAUUUAUGGCUUAGACUGCUGUCCAGUAGAUAUCCAGAUUUCGAAUUCAUCAAAACUGAUACAGUCAGAACAUUGCUGGACACGCAUCGGAAUCAGGGGAUCAUUAACGUACUACUGGCCGUGAAAGGUAAUCCGAACGUCGAUGAAAUCAAAGGAAAACUCAUAGAGCACGUUAUCGACAAACGAGAUAGGAAUGGACAGUUCAUGUUUCCAAGGUUACGACAUUUACUCGUCUCGUGCUGGGGCAACUACGCUUGGGAUGUCAACGUGCGUUUUCGGUUUGAAAACCACUUCAUCGUAGCUAAUGCUGUGUACAGAGGUCGACCGGUUACAGAGAGUAAUAUACAGGAAUACAUCAGUGACAUCGUAUCAAAAUAUUUCUCUCCAGACCAACCGCCUUGGCAAUACAUAAUAAUACCGUGUGCAGCUACAGAACCAAAAUAUUAUAUUUUAGUUCGCGUGCACCAUCUGCUACUAUCCGGCGCGAAGUCUAUUAACAUCGGAGAUUUAUUACUGGUCGAGCAAUUGAAACAAACAGAUAGAAUGGCUCAAGAAUAUACACAACAAAGCCCUUUAACGAAAUUAUUUCCAACGCCUUCUGCCAUACCUCAAUUGUGGGAAAAGCUUCAUGAAAAUAUGUCGAACACAUGGAACGAAUUCGUUUCUGAAUACGACCCCGUCGAAAGCCCUCGUGCUUUGAAAAGCAUGCCGGGUGCGUUCCACGUCGCUGGUCUGCUAUUGAUAUCCAGCGUGAGUGCUUUGAGAGAACUCAACAAGAAAUCGAAUGGCAGAAACAGAGCCACUGAUGGUCCGAUCACAGCAACUACUCUACUUGCAGCAGUGAGAAGAGAAUGUAAAAGGAGAAGCUUAACUAUAAUUAAAGUUUUCUUGUCACCGCUAGUGACAGCAGACCCGAGAAAAUGGCCUAAAAGAACAUUUAAGACUAUCACGACAUCGACUGUUUUAAUGUUGAAAUUACCGUUUCGCGUUCGCGAUGAAAUUUUAGCUUUAAAUGAACUAAAGAAUACUGGUCACGUAAAACAGCCUAACACUUUAACUUGGAGGUACGGGGAAUUGGCGCAGCUUUGCGUGAGAGCUACUAAUGAAGCGUGGAAUGGCUUACUAGAAAUUUAUAGGGCUCCAGCGAAAUUGUGGACGGACACUAUUAGAACGGACGAUGGGAAGCGACACUUGUUACAAGCUGUUUCUCUGUGCGGACGGAAGGUUAUAUCAUGGUCUCGUCCCGUAUCUCGGUCUGCAAUCGAACGCGUGGCUCGGGCGUUGGGCGUAUCAUCGACAGACGUCGUUUUGUUCGCCGCAACGGAUGCAUUACGAGCGUUCUUUGAACAAGCACACGGGGACCCACCGGACAUAGUGCUCACAACAGCUAGGGCCGCUUCAGAAGAUUUCCUAUUCACUUUCGCGGAGGGCCAGGGGAAGAUGUAUAAGAAAUCACAAACUGGUGGUAUGGUCUGCCUGACCCUGCCUAUAGGCGCGAGUCCGCGUCGUAUCGCCGCCGUAGUGGAACAAGCGUGCAAUAGACAGCAGGCAUUGGCCGGGGCCUGGGCGGCCCAGGCUCGAUGCGGUGCUUUAACUAGAGCUGUUCCUUCUCCUCUCGCACGAUUAGCAUUAAAUAUACUGUCAAGAAGAUACGCGGUGUCUUAUGCGGAAAUCAACGCACCUCUCAAUGCCAAACAACGGGCCACACUGUGGGGUCAGACUGUCGAUCACGUUAUCUAUUGGCGCCCGCCUCAGGCCAAUAUCAGUAUGUCACUAACAGUGAUACAAUACGGGGAGACGGUGAGGCUGGCCGUGAUGGCGGACGCGAGGCUGUCUCCGUCACAUUCCGCCCCCACCACGCGAUGGCCCGUCGCAGUCGAGCAACUAAUCAAUAAAGUCGAUACGGAAAUAUCUCGCAUAGCCACAACACUACAGCCCGACAUCCCUACUGCGGUCGAAACUCGAGAAGCUGACGACACUUACGAGGCAGAAACGUCGCGUGACGUCACCAGCUCGAGCGGACUGAGGCCGCCGGUUUUGACAGCUGUCAGUCCGCCGCCAUUGCGACGCAGAAUGACGCACCACUGACGAAUUCGUAAAAAUUGUGACGAUGCAGUGCAAUAUAAACUAGUCGACCGAAGCAAGUUUUAAGUUGCGAGGGAAAGAGUGAGGCAACUUUGUAAUGUAAUGUAAUGUGGGACUGAACGAAUAUGACUAUGAUCUUAAGAGAAAUGAGAUUCAAAUAUUUUCAAAUUCUAAAUAUUGUAUACGAGCAAUAUUAAAAUCAAUAAUGUAUUGAACGAUACAUAAUUAUGACAAAACAG